CAGCCUUGGGGGGGGAGGCCUCGGCUGCAGCGCGGGGGGAGCGCGGUGCGUGGGGCCGGGAGAGAGAAAGGAGAGGGCGAAGGCUACACACCCAGCAGAAGGCCGUCCAUGUCAAAGAUCAGGUGCCUCACCACUGGGCAUCAAGAUCAUUGAAAUACCAGUUGCAGAAGCAGACCCGAAAGUCACUCUGUCAAGCUCCCAAGGUGACAUGCUGACUUCAAGAUUUGUACUGCUUUGCAGUUCUGCAUGAGGGCAGUGGUUAGUUGUGGCUUCACAUAAGGGAAGUCACGUCUCUCUUGUUUGUAGGACUUGGCACUUGGCCUUGUUAAACCUCAUCCCAUUGGCCUCAGCCCAUCGAUCCAGCCUGUUCAGAUCCCUAUGUAGAGCUGCCCUACCCUCGAGCAUAUUGACACUUCGUCACAGUUUAGUGUUGUCUGCAAACUUGCUAAGGGUGCACUCGAUUCCCUCAUCCUGGUUGUUGAUAAGGAUAUUGAACAGGACUGGACCCAGCAGCAAGCCCUGGGGAACACCACUUGUGGCCUGGACCUGAAGAAAAAGGAGAAGUACUUCUUACUCUGAGGGCUAGAGAGGAUUCUGAGAAGGAAGAAGAUGAGACUCUUCUUUUUUCUGAUAAUAUGCCAGUGUGCCAUAAACAGUGUCAAAACACACGGUGCUUCAAAUCCCAAUUUUGUUUUACUGAUGGCUGAUGAUCUUGGUAUUGGAGACCUGGGAUGUUACGGAAACAAAACUUUAAGAACCCCUAAUAUUGACAGGCUAGCAGAAGAAGGAGUGACACUUACUCAGCAUAUAGCAGCAUCCCCACUUUGUACUCCAAGCAGGGCAGCUUUCCUGACAGGACGAUAUCCUAUUAGAUCAGGAAUGGCUUCAUUCUCACGAGUUGGUGUCUUCUUGUUUUCUGCCUCUUCUGGGGGACUUCCUUCUGAAGAAAUAACUUUUUCCAGACUCCUGAAGCAGAGAGGUUAUGCAACAGCUCUAAUAGGAAAGUGGCAUCUUGGGAUGAACUGUGAAAGCAGUAAUGACUUCUGUCACCACCCCCUCAGUCAUGGAUUUGAUUACUUUUAUGGACUUACUGUGACCAAUCUUAGAGACUGCAAACCUGGCCAAGGCAGUGUAUUUUUAAAAGGGGUUCAGAAAUCCCUUGUCAUCCCAAUGCAAAUUGCUGGAAUCGCCCUGAUGUCUUUGGCAAUAGUGCAGUACAUUGGCCUCUUCAACAUACCGUUCCAAGCAUUGGGUUACUGCAUGUUAAUAACUGCUAUUUCACUUGCAGUUUUGACUUUCUUCUUUUAUCAUUUUCGACACUUGAACUGCUUCUUAAUGAGGAACCAUCAGAUUAUCCAGCAACCGCUAUCCUAUGAGAACCUUACUCAGAGACUGACAAAGGAAGCUGUGCAGUUUAUAGAAAGAAACACUGAGGCACCAUUUCUUCUUGUCCUGUCUUAUCUUCAUGUCCAUACUGCUCUAUAUGCUUCAAAAAAUUUCAGAGGAAAGAGCAAGCAUGGUUUAUACGGAGACGCAGUGGAAGAAAUGGACUGGAGUGUAGGGCAGGUUCUGGAUGUGCUGGAGAAAUAUAAUCUGAGCAAUAAAACUCUUGUAUACUUUACGUCUGACCAAGGGGCUCAUGUUGAAGAAAUCUCCAGUUCUGGAGAAGUGCAUGGAGGGUACAAUGGCAUAUAUAAAGGUGGAAAAUCGAUGAACUGGGAAGGAGGUAUUCGUGUGCCAGGGCUUCUCUGUUGGCCUGGAGUGAUACAGGCCGGUGCCUAUAUUGAUGAGCCAACAAGUAACAUGGAUAUAUUUCCUACCAUAGUCAAACUUGCCAAGGCACAGUUACCCUCUGACAGAAUUAUUGAUGGACAUGAUCUGAUGCCCUUACUUCAAGGAAAAGUUACGCGAUCCAAGCAUGAAUUUCUCUUCCAUUACUGUAAUGCAUAUUUAAAUGCAGUGCGCUGGCAUCCAAGAAAUAGUGAAUCUGUCUGGAAAGUAUUCUUCUUCACUCCAAACUUCAGUCCUGAAGAUUCCAAUGGUUGCUAUGAUGAUCAUGUUUGCUUCUGCCAUGGAGGAUUCAUCACAUGGCAUGAUCCCCCACUGCUCUUUGAUCUCUCCAGAGACCCUGAAGAGAAAGUCCCACUGACUCCAGAAACAGAGAGCCGUUUCUAUGAAAUCCUCAGGGUCAUACACCUAGAAGUAGACAACCACUCCAGAUCCCUGCAUGCUGUCCCUGACCAACUGUCUUGGGACAAUCUUCUCUGGAAACCAUGGCUUCAGCUAUGCUGCUCAUCUUUCUUUCAGUCUUGCUACUGUGACUAUGACUCAGAAGGGAGCCUACCAGAGGUGUACUCAGAAUAAACAAGCUGCAGUUCCCUUUCAGAAACUGGACCAAGAGAGUGUGGGUAGCUGACUUGAACCCCUGCAGUACUAGCCUUCAGAAGGUUUGUUAUGUAGGAGGACCUGUUUUUAAAUAGAUUAUUGCAGUAGAAGAGAAUUUCAGUCAAAAAAAUGUGCCAAGAGAAGAAAGGCAAGACACAGUUUUUCUUUCUUUAUAAUGUAAGCAUCAGUAUGAAACACAUUGACAUCGUCACCUACAAACAGGUAGGCUGUUGGCAUUUUCUAGAUCCAAUCAUUUCUUAGAUCUUUAGCUUCAGCUUUAUUCUUGCACAACAAGGAAUUUACCUGUAGUUUCUGUCAAUUACAACCACUAAAUGCACACUUUCCUGUGAUUUUUGCUAAGUGUUAUCCACUGUUAGUAAGACAGAGCAUCAAGUAAUUAAAAAUAGAGAGAUAAUGGAAAAGAGGUCCAGUUAUGACUGUAAUAUGAUAACAUAUAGAUGGGUAAAGAGCAGAUCUGUAGCAAUAUCUCUAGCAACAAGUGUCAGGCAUAUGAUAUAAUAAACAGAUUGCCAACAAUCUUAUAUUACAUGUGCCAUAAAACUGUACAGAGAUAAAGACCUGGCAUUCACAUUAAAAUAUUGCUCAAUCACUAGUGUCACAUUGCCUUGCAGCAAACUUUGUUCCAAAAGGAAACCAAGUGCACCAGUUAUGUGCUUGAGUGUGUGCCAUAAGUCUCCAUGUGUGUGUAUUUAUGCAAGCCAAACUCAUAACCCCUCAAAACCCCACAAAUUCUUCAAUCCUUGAUACAGGCACAGUCUUAUAGCGCAGUUGCUAAAGUGAAAGAUUUGGUUCAUACUUGAUGUCUGAAUUCUGAAUUCACAUGACAGUACAAAUAUAACUUCACUAUCUCCCAUACCUGUUCUUCCACUGAUGGGUGUAGUGUUUUAUAACAAAUAAAUAAAUUUGGUCUUCCUUUAAAUAUUUUUGUCAUCAUUUAGACUCUCUGAAAAGGAUCUAUCAUUUUCUGAGAAGAAACUUGGCCUUGAGCACUUAAGGCCAAAUAGAACUGUCUCUGAGUUCUCAGCAAGGCCUUGGGAAAUGUACAGUACUUCAAGGAUAAUUUCUCUGUCCAUUUUUAUCUGCAUCUUAUUCAGGCACAUUUUCUUUCCACUCUGCAAGCAGGCAAACUUUUUUUUCCAGCAGAUUCUACCAGAGGAGAGAGUAUCAACAGAAUACUAAAAUUAUUUGAUGUUUGAUAAUAGACGAUUACUUGCUCCUUACCAGGAAACACGAGUUAAUUCCAGCAUUAUGGUGUAUUAAAAUCCAUUUGGUGGUUUUAGUAGAUCACUAAUGCAAAAGUGAUGUGUGAUGACAGUAAUGCAAUAUCUUCAGUCAGCGAACAUUAAGGUUGUGACCUGGUUCUUAGGAACUAUUGAGGCCUGUCCUAUAAAAACAUAUUGUGAUAUAUAAUGUAUUUCUGUCUAUAAAGCCUAGGCUUUAUUUGAUUUUUCUGCUGUAGUUUCAUUCAAAAUUUCAUUCUCCACAAUAUCCAGAUGCCAGUCCUGGGAAAUGUUGUACUCUUUCCUUAAAGUCCUAUUUUUGAUGUUUCACCUUGUGUUCAUAAUUGCGUUUCUUCAGUAUGUGCUCUACAAGCUCUCUGUAAGUAGCAAAAUCCUGUGUAUGCUCAUAAGGUUAGUCUCUUCAGGUAUUUCACUGAUAACUGCUCAGGACUGUUUAUAUUGUAGAUGGAAAGCUGUCAGGUGGCCAUUUACGUGGCAUAAUUCCCCCUUUGCUUUACUUAAUCACUGAAUGUACUACAUGAAUUUAGGAAGAAAGACGACUGCAGUUUGAAGACAAGUACUCUUCUGCAGUGAUUAGUGGCUACCUCUCGGUGUCAUGACAGGAUCUAUAUGUCCCAAAUUUUUGAUCCUCACUGUAUGUCCCAGGAACUCCUCGCAGCAUGGCGCUGGUGACCAUGGGUGUCCCCCUGCAGUGGGUGAACACACUGGGCUGCAGCCAGGGUGCUGCCCUGGCACUGAGCACUGCAGCAUGGGGGGAUGCUGUCGCCAGCAUCCACAUCACUGGCACGGUUUACACAAAACUUUUCAAGCAAAUAUUCUUGAAGAAGCAUAUGGGAAAAUAUCUGUUGUGUGUUAGGUAUACAGCAGUAACUCAAAGUGUUGUCGUUGGAUCUGUUUUGUUCCCAUGGUUGCUUGGCUGUGACCUUAAGAGGGAUCUCAAUUUAUAUUCUCAAGAACAUCCACAUCUACUUCUUUUCAUUCGGAAGAUGUGCUAUGUUGCUAUUAUUUCUUUUCUUUCUGCAGGUGCAAGAAUUGUUUGUUCUGUUAGGCACAGCAGCUGGUCUGUGCUGCCUGACUGAGGUAUCAAAAAUGAUAAGUUUUCUACUGGUCUGAUUUCUUCUUGCCUGAAUAUGGCUUUUCUUUUAUACUCCCUUUGGCUUUUGGUGCCAUCUUUCUAAUAUCACUUCUUAAAAUGUCCACAGUCCUCAAAUAAUUAUCCACUUAUUUCUUUGCCACUUUCCCGUUUGCUUGUCAUAUUGAUUGUGAUGGCUAUUUUGCCACAAUUAAUCAGAAAAUUAAAAGUGGUCUUUGUGAAAAGAUUUAACUUUUAGGGCUCCUUGACUCUACUAAUGUACUUAUUUAAGGUCUAGUAAAGAUUAACUUUGCAUUAUGAAAUCUAAGAAAUUAUAAAAAGUGCGAGACACCCUGAAUAAUAAGAAUAGUUGCUUGUUUGUGGCACAAGCUUCUUAUUGGUCAAAAUAUAAUUUAUUACAACAUUUAGUAUUUUGACUUAAGCAGUAAAAUCUGAAAUCCAUUUUUACAACUGGUCCUUCAAGAAAGAGUCUAUUAAGAGUAGGGCCCUAUUUUUCAUAGUCCAUGUUAAUGCCAAGUUGUUUAAUGCCUGAAAUAAACCAUCUCUGUAUUGCAAAUGUAUUAUACCUUUCAGUAUUGUAUCUUCUAUUAUGGAGAUGGCAUGUCAGAGCAUGGUAAUUAAAGUAGUCUUGUUUACCUGCAAAAUAAAAUGAGAAGGACAAUAUACCAUUUUUGUAAUGACAUUGCCUGAUCUAACAAGGAAAGGUUUUGUUUUUCACAACAGGUUAUUGAUGGUAUAUACAUGAUUCACAAUUUAUUAACAAGCAAGUCUGAAGGAAAAUGUACUGCGCUGGUACCUUGAGAUUGACUUCCAAUCUAUCAUUUAAGAACCAUCGGUAUUGUAACAAGGUGCCUGCUUGUAGAAUACAGUACUUUAAACUGAGAGCUAAGCUUCAGAGGGAAGUGUAUUCCUUUACAGUAUUAUUUAACAGUAUCACAUCCUAGUUUGUCGCAGUCCCUGUGUAGCCCAGAGCAAGUCAUUUAACUCUGCUUCUCAGUUCCUUCUCUCUGCCCAAAGAAGGAUAAUAGUAUUUCUCUAGCUGUUGGGAACAAAAAACACUGAAAGUGGUAUGCUGGCAAAGGAGCAUUUGCUAGUCAAUAAGACACUUUCUCUGCAGAAGGUACAGUUUAAAUAAGAGCCAGAAAACUAGGAUGUAGAA